AUGCCUUACCGACAGAAUGCAUCUGCAACUACACAGUCAGGCAGUGCGAGGGCUAGUAACACGAGGCCCGACGACGUGGAUAGCAGUGGUGGUACGAACUUGAUGCAAUCUCACUGGAUGCCUGCAGCAGAUGGACCCCAACUGACUAUGCGUGACAAUGCAGUCACCGUCGCGGGAGUCGACACUCUUCCCUCCUCCAAGAAGCAGCCGCCCUCUUCCUUCCCGGCCGCCUCCAUGACAGUAUCGACAGCGACCACUAAGCGCGACUCUGGUGAAAAUGCCACGACAACUCGUAGGAGACAGUCGUCCAUCCCCAAUGCCGCAAAAGCCCCAAUGGGUCCACGUCCCUUGGACUAUGGUAGCCUCGGGAAAAGGUGGGCAUCGCAGUUUCUGUCCAUAGCCACGUUGAAAGCUAACACGCGCCUGCUCUGUCCUAGGUCGGCCAGCAAUUCAAUGACUCCCCAGUUUAAGUCUGUGCGAGGCGCCUCCGCCGUUGCUUCCCACGAUCCAUAUACCAACGAGCUAUCCAUCAACGACAUUUCCAGAUUCAGUUUUGCAUCUAUACAGGCAAAACCUCCAACGCGAGUCGAACGUGAUGGCUCGUUGGAUUUUGGGGACUUCCUUGAGCCGACAUUCAACUUCGACGAUUUCCAAGACACGAUUGUUGGCACCGAACCCAGUUUGAACCAUUUUCCUCUCCCUGGCCGAAGUACAACGGUCAAAGCUCCUCCCCCAUCUGAGACAUCUGCACCCGACCAAAAGAAGGUAGUCUCACAACCAACUAUUCCUAUACCAUCUCGAAAAGGAUCAGGGGUGGUUCCAGUGACCCGUAAGAGUUCUACAGCUUCGAAUAACUCGAGGAAUUCGGUCAAAUCCGACUCUAUGGCCACUGCCACAACUUCGAUACUUCGAGGUAGAAGACAAAGCCAUUUCCCGCCCAAUUCGUUCAAUAACGCAAAUGGUGCUCCCAAAGCACCGAGAAAAUCCGUGGGCCCAGGCACCUUUGUCGCCCCAGAUAAUUCAGAGAGGUCAACGGUGAGGAGAAGACCAAGCGCGGGUGGAAGGAAGUCGAGUACGGAAGGCGGCAAGAACUUGUCCCUGAAACAUUUGUCUGGCCGAUCAGAAGAAAGCGGUGCGGAAGAUACAAAGACGACAAGCACGACCAAAUCAAGGGCAUCAUUAGCACCUAAACGACAAAACUCCAAAGACUUGCUUACACCUUCAAGGACACCAGAUCCAUCGCGGUCAACUUCUACUGCAGCUCACCACACUCCUACGCGAAGGAGCGGGACGCCCGGCAGAACAACCACUCCAGGUGGAAAUGCUGACCGUAACCGUCGGAUUUCAGUUAUGCCCCAUCAUGCGACCGGGCUAGGAGCUCGUACCGUCAGCCCGACCGAUGCUCGACGCAUGAAACGAAUGUCGAUUGUGCCCCCAGCACCGCCCUUGCCUCAAAGCCGGAUCUCCCAGGCUCCUCCAACUCCGCAACCUGAGCCCGUGCCCCAGCUUCCUCAGUCCGAUCUACAGUCUCCCGCUAUUCCGAAUCGCAAGAGCUUGACGCCAUCAUCUUCGAGGACCACUCCAGAUCCCAAUCGAAAGUCCUACAGCUCAGGUCAAUCUUUAUCGUCAAACACCAGUUAUAGCUCUGUCCGAAACACUAUCACCAACCCUGCCAGACUUCCGCAGGCGGUCAACUCGUCAAGAUUGCCUACAGCGAAACCCAGACUUGAUAUUUCCACGACCACAAACUACGAAUUGGAAGUGCCGCCAGUCCCCGCCAUACCAAAAGCUUAUGAGUCUCCUGGAAGUGAACUUGAUCAACCCUUCUUCUCGGCUAGGUCUUCCAGUCUACCACCCUUUGAUGGGGCUAUCUCUGCCAGUCCGGUGGUCUCUACUGUGGCUGAUGCGAUGAAGGCGCUAGAGACGCCUCGCGCGUCUAGCAAUUCGUCGUCGCCCAACUCUGCCUCUCAGCUCCAGCCUCCCUUAGUCGAGCCCGAGCCUAAACCAAAACCGCAACUACAGCAGCAUCCACAGUCGCAGCAACAGGCAAAAGCGAAUAAGAAAUCGCUUCAGACACUUAGGCUACCGCCAUUGAACCUGUUGCCCUUGAGCACACCUACCUCCGCGAAGAUCAGGUCCCUUAACACCAAGUCUGAUUCUGGCGAGCCUCCUGUGACACCACCUGGAAUUCGCAACACUAUGAAAACGCCGAGUACACCUAUGACGGCAUCCAAAGCAAGUUUCUUUUCUAGGGGACAUAAACCUGCUGACGAGGGUCCGACAAUUCGGAGUAGCACUUCACACCAUGCUCUACGGACGGAUGAGAUGCGGCCGCCCAGCGAUAUCAGUCCGAGCUUGCCGGUAUUCUCGUUUGAAACAGACAAAGCACGGACAAUUUCCCCAUUUGUAUCUUCAUCCUUGCCCAAGAGCAAUGAUGAAUUUUCGAAUUACAUGCGACCCAACUUCACCAACGAGCUGAAUAGGAACCCAAGUCAGCCGCGACCAAACGGACCUCGUGCUCCCAGCUUCUCGGUAACACCAAAAGCUGAAGCUCAAGUUGUCCCAAGUCCAGCGGAGAAGCAAACUGAAAGCGAUUCUGUGUUCUCCGCAACUUCCCUCCGGAGGAAAUUGAGUCGAAAACGGAGCGAAUCGAAGUUGCCAGAAGGGGUAAUACAGGAUGAUGACUUGUCCAAAUAUGACAACAUGCCUCCGCCAAAGCUUCCUGCAUCCGCAAACUGGACAAAUACCCAGGCUGGUGCUGCAAGCCCUCAACGACCGUCGUAUCUCAGGUCUAGGAGACAGACAUCUACCUCAAGUACGCAUACUGGUCCCGAACGGCAAGAGAGCUUCGAUAGUACUGCAUCAAACGGUCGUCCGUCACUUGAGUUUGGGAGAACUCUCAUGGUUAAUUCGAACCGGUCAGGUGUAUCAACUAGCACACCUCAUCUUGUUGCUCACAAACCUCCACCACAACGGCAACAGGAACAACCUUUGGACCGCGAUGAUCUGAUUGCGGAAGAUGAGAUGAAGAAGCUUGCUUCGAAGAGAAAAGACUUUGAAUCAGCUGCACGGGAAUUAGACAACCUUCGGGCCAGAGCCAGGCCUGCCACUCGUAUGUCCCACGUCACCGCUUCGCGCAUUUUUGAGUUGAAUAUCUUUGAGCGAGGCGAGAUUGUCGACUUCCCGGACAUAUACUUCACCGGGACUCUGAACGCCCGAAAAAUUGUGGGAGACUUGGGCUCAACCUCCACAAACUUUGGAUAUGAUGAUGAACGUGGAGAUUACAACAUCGUUGAAGGGGAUCAUCUGGCCUACCGGUAUGAGGUUGUUGACCUUCUUGGUAAAGGCAGUUUUGGACAGGUUGUGCGAUGUGUUGAUCACAAGACUGGAAUCCUCGUUGCAGUAAAGAUCAUUCGGAACAAGAAGAGAUUCCAUCAACAGGCUCUUGUAGAGGUGAACAUUCUGCAAAAGCUCAAGGAGUGGGAUCCUCACAAAAAGCACAGCGUCGUCAACUUUGAUCAAAGCUUCUAUUUCCGCGGCCACCUUUGCAUCUCCACUGAUCUUCUAGGCAUGAACCUGUACGAAUUCAUCAAAGCUCACGAUUUCCGGGGGUUUUCAUUGAAACUGAUCCGACGAUUCACGAAACAACUUCUCCAGUGUCUGGUCCUUCUGCAACACCACAAGGUUAUCCAUUGCGACCUCAAACCGGAAAAUAUUCUCCUCGCGCAUCCCGUUCAUUCUGAAAUAAAAGUGAUUGAUUUUGGUUCGAGUUGUCUUGAACACGAGAAAGUGUACACCUAUAUUCAAUCCCGAUUCUAUCGAUCACCGGAAGUCAUUCUGGGAAUGUCUUACGGCAUGCCAAUCGACAUGUGGAGCGUCGGUUGUAUUCUGGCGGAGCUUUACACUGGCUAUCCAAUUUUCCCGGGUGAGAACGAGCAGGAGCAAUUGGCUUGUAUCAUGGAAGUUUUUGGUCCCCCGGAGAAACAUCUCAUUGAGAAGAGUAGCCGGAAGAAGCUCUUCUUCGAUUCGAUGGGUAAACCCCGCUUGACGGUAUCUUCUAAGGGAAAGAGAAGGCGACCGAGCUCCAAGGAUUUACGACAAGUCUUGAGAUGUGACGACGAAGCAUUCCUAGAUUUCAUUACUAAGUGUUUGAAGUGGGAUCCGGCACGAAGAAUGACCCCUCAUGAGGCGAACAAGCAUGAAUUCAUCACUGGGAUCAAAAUGAGCUCGAGCACGGCCAGGAGGAACACCCAAUCUGCCGUGAACUCUCCCGUCAAGAGAGGGAACUCCUUGACCGCCUCAGUGGGCGCGAGACCGCUACCACAACCUCCAACGACUCUGAAAGCGCCAAUCUCGAAUCGGCAGGAGACCUCACCGAACAAAGCGGGACCGCGGCGUCAAUCAACCAUGCAAGGGACUUUUCAAGGAACAUCACAGGCCAAGCGUGCGUCACACGCAGCAAUGAAUUCGUCGACGUCAAAUCCGAGUCUAACGAGGCUGACUGUCGGCCAAAGGAGCAUGACGAACAGAUCUGAUUUAGCUGCGGCUGCUGCGGCUGCCAGCCUGGUGAAGUAA